AUGACAACCUCGCCCACGAAAGCAAAACAAAAGUUAUCUUUGCGAAAGAGGUUAUUUGUGAAAAAAUCGCCAAAAGUUGGUUGCUAUGUAGAUACAGAUUCUAAUGAUGAAUUCAGUCAGUCACCAUCCCGCCCUAUGUCCCCAGCUGAUCCCUUUAUAGCACAAAGUGCCCAUAAUACUGACUCAAAUGCAGAACAUUCAAGAAGUUGUAAGAACGAUACUGAAGCUACUACCAGUGAGGACCAUCAAAACAUAGACAAUCAUGAUGAUGAAAAGAAUUCAAAAUGCUGUAAAAAGUUCUUCAGAAGAUCGCGUCCGAAAAGUCUAGUCGAGGGCCAUUCUUUAAAAGACGAAUCACAUUCGAGACCUGAAAGUCCUGUUAAUUCUAGCAAUAGUUUAAGCGAUCAUACACUAUCCUUCACAAAAAGUGAGGAAAUUCCAAAAGCUACGGUGUGUUUCCCGAAAAGCGACGAUUCCAAAAAAAGUUUUGAACACUCAGGUUCUUUUGAAGGUAUCAAGCCAAAGAGUAAGUUGUUUGUUAAACGGCUAUCAGCCGAUCAUUUGAUAUCUACUGAGACUAAACCUCUGUACCACUCGUCUUCACCCGAGAGUGAUAGGAGCAGUUCACUAGACCGUAAACGCAGAGCUAAGUCAACAAUCACAAGAUCAUCUCAUGCCGGCAGCACUGAUAGUUUGGCUCGUAAUUCACUGCUUGCUGCACAAGUACUACGACUCAUUCCAACGCAGGAGGCAAGGGGCAGGAACUACUUGUAUGGUAGAUUAGCGUCCAAUUCACUCCUUGGAACAGCAGAAUUGGAGCAUGUCUUCCCAGAUCGUGAAGUUAAAAUAUUUGUGGGCACAUGGAAUAUGAAUGGACAAUCUCCGCCUAGGGAACUGGCAGAUUUCAUAUUCCCGGAUGAAGUGAAGCAUGUUCCAGACAUAUUUGCAAUUGGGACACAGGAAUCAUAUUCGGAGAGAACUGAAUGGGAGAUAACAAUACAGGAGGUGUUGGGACCAUCACAUUUGUUAUUACAUUCUUAUUACUUAGGUACAAUACACUUGACAGUAUUUAUAAGGAGAGACCUUAUAUGGUUCUGCUCAUUGCCAGAAGACGCCAGCCUGUCCGUCCGUCCAGGAACUGCAUUCCGUACGAAGGGAGCUGUGGCUAUAUCAUUCGCGCUGUUCGGCUCCACGUUUCUAUUUGUGACCGCCCAUUUGACAGCGCAUCAGGAGAAAGUCAAGGAAAGACUGUCAGACAUUAAGAGGAUCAUUCGAUCCAUCGAUCUACCGAAGAACCUGCCUUGCCGGCAUAGAAGUAAAGAUGUUACAAAUAAUUUCGACUAUGUUUUCUGGUGCGGCGACUUAAACUUCAGGCUUGGAGAGCCCAGAGCGGCAGUACUGAGGUGGAUAGAACAAACUCAGUUUCCCCUUCCUCCGCAUUUACCUCACGGACUAUUGCACGCCGAUCAGUUGACGGUAGUUUUGGAAGAUGGCGCUGCAUUUCGUGACUUCAGAGAAGCGCCAAUUCGAUUUCCACCUACUUACAAGUACGAUCCGGGUAGUCAGAAAUUUGAUACAUCAAGUAAGCAGCGUGCACCAGCAUACACAGAUAGAAUACUUUAUAAAGCAAAAAGUAUGACGUCUAAUUCUUCAGCGCCAUUUGCAGGACUUCGCCGUCUAAGCUCUAUGCCCGUAACAUCUAGUCUAAAGUGUAUUGCAUACAACUCAGUGCAGUCAAUAUGCACCAGCGAUCACAAACCCGUGUGGGGUUUGUUUUCUGCUGCCCUAAGGCCUGGGACUGAUGUGGUGCCACUUGCAGCUGGUCUGUUUAAUCGUGAAGUGUACCUAGAAGGUAUAAAGCGCCGGCGGGCCGUACUAGACCACGCGCCUGGGACCUCCGCCGUCUGUACCAUACAGUGA